UGCGUAACGCUUAGAUCAGAUCCAAAGCAAAGACGCGAGAGGUAGCGAACAUUUCGGAUUAUCUCGUUAGUUUCGUCAAUACCAUUGAUCCCUGUUUCUGGAUACAGUUCCAAAUUCGUGAGAUAGUUUGGUACGACUGAUCGGUGGUGCUCGUUCGAAAAGUAACGAGAAAUUAAGUUCGGUGAAAGGUAGUGGUAAAAUAAUAUAGAAAGAAAUUUUCUUUUUAUAAGUUAAAGAAAACAUAGGUGUCAAAGAAAAAAGAUAGAUAGGGUGCUUUCUUGGAAAUGCUUUUCAUGAUGUCGACGACCGUCGUGAAGAAAAAUAGUCGGUGACCUCAUGCUUUACUUAAGUUGUGGCGACCGGCAGCGAGAUAAUUGGAUCUUGAAUCGGCCGGUCAACGUCACAUCUUGUCUUAUCCUUCAUCUUCCUUAUUGAUGCCUCGGAAAUCCUAUCUGUGAGAUCAAGCAAGAAAAAUCGUGUUUUUCGUGUGAUAAUCCUGCGCCAACUAGUAGGAUAUCAAAGAAAAGAAUGUGAAAUAUCAAAUGGUUCGUUUGUUUCUUCAUUCAACGUGACCCAAAUCCUCGAACAUCGAAUCGAAGCUUCGUCUGAUCGUCUGUCUUGACGAUCAUCGCCUUUGUUUCCGACGGGAGUGCGCGUUUUAUUUAUAAGUCCGUCAAUUAGCUCCGUCCUUGAAAGACAUUAGAGUCGAUGAGCGGUCGGUCGACUCGGCCAACCACGCGAUACGACGACUUCACCCUCCGCAUGUCGCACCGAGAAACGUUCCUUCUACCUGAUCGAAAAGCUUUCCCACGAGGCGUCACGGCUCGUCGAUCGAAACUAACGUUCGUUCCUGCGAGCUGACGGCCAACAUUGAAAGGGAAAGAAGGAGGGAAGGUACGACGAACGAAAGUGUGGAGUGAAGAUUAGAACUCGUUGAAGAGACUAACAAAAAAUUCACCUCGAAAUGACGACUAUGGGUGUAACGGUCUUCUGCAAUAGGGUUCAAAUAAAUGGAAACGAUCAGGAACAGCUGAUGCUACUUCGAACCCUGCAGGAUAACGAGAGCAAUAUACUCGGAAAUCAGCCUCAUCUAAUAGUUCCGAAGACUAAUAACAAUAAUAAUAAUAGUGGUAGUGGUAUGGCCACGCUUAACGUUUUACCCUCUUAUGAUUCAUCGAGGUUGAAAAAACAUGGAAAAAGUGGUCAACCACCUACAGUUGCCGUAGCUAGGAGAAAUGCCAGAGAAAGGAAUCGCGUGAAGCAAGUAAACAAUGGUUUCGCUACUCUGAGACAACACAUACCGAAUCAUAUCGCGGCGGGAUACGGCGACAGGGGUAAGAAAUUGUCCAAGGUCGAAACUCUUCGAAUGGCAGUUGAAUACAUUCGAGGUCUUCAGAGAUUACUCGCAGAAGCUGAUGGUGUCGAGUACGAUUCAAAUUCUGCUUUGGGAUCUCAAUGUGUUCCCUCGCCUACGAGCAGCGUCGUUUCCUCUAGUCACAAUGGUUCUGGUGAGAAACUCGCACUUGAGGACGACGUUGUUACGAUUGAAGACGGUGAAGAUGGUGAACAAUUGGACGAAGACGAGGAGAAUAGUAAAACCAAAAUGACACUUUCUAGACUAUCACCUAACCAAACGGCCAUGCCGUCGCCUCAUGACUAUUAUGCGUCUUCCGUGGGUGACGAAGAAAACCUGGAACCUCGAGGUCUCUCGUCGAACGGUCCUCAAAAUUUCUCGCGACUUUCCCCUAAUUCCGUGGCCUCACCACCCUCUGAGUAUUAUGGACAAAACGAGGAAAAUUUGGAACCUAGAAUUCUCUCCCCUUACAGUGGUGCUGGCGAUAGCGAGGAAGGUGCUACGACCGUUUACGCGGCUAGUCCGGAAGCUUUCUCGGGAGCCCUUUAUUAUAAACAGGAGAUCGCUGAGACCGGCGAAUUUAUGGACGUUGUCAGUUGGUGGGAACAGGAACAGGGUCGACUGGUGCAUCAUACUCAACAACACACUCAGAGGUUGGCACAUGUGUAACUCGUAAGAUUACUUUAGUGACAAUUAGUAAGAAGAAUACUGAGCGUGCAGCAAUCUAAAUCUACUGAUCUCACGAACCC